AUGCCCUCCUCAGAUCGAGCCACGCUGCUGUCGGCUGCCCAGGCCUUUUGCACUUCCUUUGCUCGCAAAGAGGCUCCCGACAAGAUCUUUAGCCACUUCUCGAGCUCCGAUGAUGUCCUUGCCCUGGAACAUGGCCUGCCCCAGCUGGCACCCUUCUUGGGGCGCGAGUUCCGCGGGCAGAAGGGCCUGCACGAGUACUUUACUCUUCUGGCCUCCAACUUGACUUACGAAAAUAUGCGCUUCAGUAAUUUUGUGGUCGAUCCACUUGUCUCCAAAGUGUCAGUCCGCGGAGAAGCCAAGUUCACUUGGACCGAGACUGGUCAAUCUUGGGACGAAGUCUUCACCUACGUCCUGGAGUUUGACGAGCAAGCCAGGGUCAAAGUUUACGAGGUAUGGGCUGACAGCGGUGCUGCCUACUUGGCCCGUAAAGGCCAACUGGGAUCGUAA